AAAUUCACAUGUUUAUUAAAUAAUUUCCAUAUUAUUCUUGUUUCCACAUGGGAAUAGAUGAUAUGUGUUAUUUAGAAAAAUAAAAAAAUGACAAAUUGCUGGGGGAAAUUGACAAAAUAGAGGAUGAGCAGACUCAUGGAUAAGAAAAAUUCAAACAGCCAACAAACAAUUACAGAUGAGGGUGAAGAAGAGGAAAAUAAAGUAAAAGCCUGUAGAACUCAUAGCUACUGUUAUAAAUAUUCAAAUCCUUCAAGUUAUCCAAUUGGACUGCCUUGGGCCUCAGGUAAACUAAAAUGUUUGCCUGGUUAUUGUAAAUAUGAUGAAAAUGGUUGCAACAUAGCACGCAAAAAAAGUGAUAUCGGUGCUAAAGUGAAAAAGAAAAAGAAGGCAAAAUUCAUAAAAACAUUAAUGGAUGAAGACAGUGCUACACAAAAGGAGCUUGUUUUUCUUUCUCAAAUGGCAUCUUUAGCUGGUGAUUAUGAUAUUGACUUGAAGAAAAGAGUGGGUGAGAUUGUACAGCAGUUAAAAAAUUCAAGUGACAUAAGUUGGUCUGACUCUAAUAGCAGCGAAGCAAACAAUGAAAAAUAAUAAAAUACUACUUUAAAUUAAAUAAACAAUUUCUCU